GCAGUUGCGUGCGAAGAGCUCCACAUGUCAUUCAGAGGAAUCCGCCACCUGAAACACGAGGAAGUGAAAGCGACUCAAUCGGGUAUAAAGCAUCAACAACCACUUCUGCCUCGAGCAUUGCAAAGUGAUGAAAACAUCAGUUCAGACGUCUGGUAGACGUUUGUUCUAUUUUCCCGGGGAAUUAUUACCAUUGUCUACUUAGGAAGUACCUUAUCAUCUAUAACAUACCCGUUCAAUUUGAAUGACCCAUCUAACAUUAUACUGGAAUUAAGUCAUAUUGACAGACCUUGCACACCUGUUCCCUUUACGGAGCGCAGCACGAUGAUUCCACCAGGAGACUGCAUGUACGCGGGCAGGAAGAGAAGGAAACCCGUUCAAAAACAGAAACCAGCGACUGUGAGUGAGAAGUCCAACCCAUCCAAGAGGCACCGGGACCGCCUGAACGCGGAGCUGGACCGGCUGGCCAGCAUGCUACCUUUUUCCCCAGACAUCAUCUCCAAGCUAGAUAAACUGUCCGUGCUGCGCCUCAGUGUCAGCUACCUCCGGGUCAAGAGUUUCUUCACAGAUAAGAAUGAAUCAGCCUGGCGCUCGGGGAGGACACUUCCUGGAUCAAGUGAAUGCAAUGUUAAUCACGAGAAGCCGUCCAGCAGAAAGCACAUCAGUCCAUCCACCAACUCUGUCCCCGAGCCCAGGAAAGACAGCCUGCCUAAGGCUGUGGGCAAUAGCAUCACAGAGAGCGGACUCCUUCUGGAGUCCCUUACUGGCUUUGCGUUGGUGGUGAGCAGCGAUGGAAUGGUUUUCUUUUCCUCCUCAAACAUCGUUGACUAUUUGGGCUUCCAUCAGACGGAUGUGAUGCACCAAAACGUCUUUGAUUAUGUCCAUGUGGACGACCGACAAGAGUUCAGAAGACAGCUCCACUGGGCCAUGAACCCCAGCCAGCACCACUUAGUCUCAGGAACUGAUGAAGACUUGGUGGUGAGCAGCCUGUUUCAUUCUCAGGAGACGGGGGGAGUCGCUCCUGAGUUCUCCUCCUUUCUCAACCGUUGUUUCAUGUCCCGCGUGCGCUGCCUGCUGGACAGCACCUCUGGCUUCCUGACCAUGCAGAUCCAGGGCCGACUCAAGUUCCUCCAAGGACAGAAGGGGAAGUGGGGCUCCGGGGCCCCGCUACCCCCCCAGCUGGCCCUGUUCUGUGUGGCCGUGCCCCUUCUGCUGCCCUCCAUCACUGAGAUGAAGAUGAACAACAUGAUGAUGAGGGGCAAGCACAAGAGUGGAGGGGGCAUCAUCACUACACUAGAAUAUAGUGAGAGAGAGGAGCAGUUGAGGAGGCAGGCUGGCAGUGCAGGGGGGGUAGUCGAUGGCGGGGAACCGCUCCUCCUCAACUGCUCCAAACUUGGGGGUCCCCAACAUCGCCGCCACGCCCCCUGGACGCCCCUCUCCAAAGACAGCCUCAAGUACGAGACAGAGGGGGGCUAUUGUGGACAGGACGAGCCCCUCAACUACUGCAAAACCUCCAUGGGCGGCGUCCCCCACCACAAAGGCCCAGGCCUGGACUCCCUGUGGCCCAUGCGGCCUGCCUCGGGGCCCAUCCGGGGGGGGCAAAGUGGUGGCUACACCCCCUCUAAUCGACUCGGGAAGGGUGGGCACUAUGGCAAGCCCUACCGCAUGUCCCCCAGCAUGUGCCACGGAGGAGGGCGAGGUGGGGAAAUCUACGUGCCCAGGAUGUACGAGAGCCUCCAGAGCCCUGGCGGCUUGGACCUGUACUGCGUGGGAGAGGAGGUGAAGAGCGAGUGCUAUGGCAACCUCCUGCUGCCUGAGAUGCCCAUCAAGGUGGAGCAGGACUCGGAUUCGGAGAACGGCUGUGACACGUAUGGCCGUCCGUGGCCCUGCCGGGAGCCCUUGGACCAUCGCUACCACGACGGCAACAGCUACGUCGACAACAACGGCCUCCAUAUGAAGUCGGAGGCGGACUACUACGAACAGUACUCGUCGUGCCAGAGGGGCAAGGCGGGCAUCAGCCCCAUCAGCCCGCCCUACAACAACGGCCACAUCCAGAGCUAUAAUAACAUGGCGGGCAGUGGCAGCAGGCCCUUAAAGGUCAAUAAGGACCUGUCCCAGUUCAGUCCCCAGAGGUUGUCCCACCCAGACCCCCUGUGUAGCAGCCAGAGCAUCAACUGCAUCGACGUGUACGCAAGCGGCCCCAUGGAGCACAGCAACAAGGGCUAUGUGCAGCAGCAGCAGGACAAGUUGAGCUACGAGUUCAAAGGUCACGGACCGCGCCAGACCAUCAAGCAGGAGCCCGCGGACUCACCCCGGUGGUCGGACGGCAGCGGCCACGACAUGAACCGCGCCGCGGGACACUCUCAGAGGAGCGUUAUGCCUCACCGUGUGAUGAAUGCUGGGCAGCACAAAGCCAACCCUUGUGUUUAUAUGCAAUAGACGCUGAUGCGCCCCAUAACUUCCUCACUCACCAGCAUAACACAUUGGCAGAAGACAUGCAGGAUACGGCUCAGGUUUAAAGACUAGUGUGGUGGAGACAAUCAAGGAAAGGAAUGG